AUUUUAUGGCAUCUAAUUGAUGGUUAUUUUUUGAAAAAAUGUAAUGGAAAUCUGGAAGACCAUUAGUCAAGAGCUCUUGAAUAAAAUUUGUUAAUAUUGCUUUUCUGCACAUAUUAUUUCUAAAAUUGAGGAUUUGGUUGAUAUGUAAAUUAUGAUUAGAGACCAGAACAGCUUAGGACCCAAAAUGAUCAAGGGAAAGCACCUUGCUGGAAACCCCCAUGACAAUAAAACCCUCCUUGUAGUUCCCAUUUGUGUGUUUCAAUUAUAAGGCUUAUGUUAAAAUUAGAUCAGAAUUUCCAUCAUAGACUCUCAAUUUCAUAGUUGUGUAAGUAGCAUAUAAACCUAAUUGUAAACAAAGGCAUUUAGUGAUGGGCCUUAUUUGAACAAUUUAAGAUCAGGUUGUUUAGCUCACAGGCUAGGAAAUACAUGUCUAGUUUCACAUUUUAAGUUGAGAGAUUGCAAAGAUGGGCUUUGGUUCUAAAGUCCUAUUUUGUAACAGAUUAUGAUCCAACCAUUGAAGAUUCUUACACAAAGCAGUGUGUGAUAGAUGACAGAGCAGCGCGGCUAGAUAAGAUCAAAAAUUAUAUUAACACCUGCACUAAGUAUGUUACUGGGGGGCGGUGAUUAUAACUCAGAUUUCUUUCUUGAAUUUACAGUUUUAGAUACAGCAGGACAAGAAGAGUUUGGAGCCAUGAGAGAACAAUAUAUGAGGACUGGCGAGGGCUUCCUGUUGGUCUUUUCAGUCACAGAUAGAGGCAGUUUUGAAGAAAUCUAUAAGUUUCAAAGACAAAUUCUCAGAGUAAAGGAUCGUGAUGAGUUUCCAAUGAUUUUAAUUGGUAAUAAAGCAGAUCUGGAUCAUCAAAGACAGGUAACACAGGAAGAAGGACAACAGUUAGCACGGCAACUUAAGGUCACAUACAUGGAGGCAUCAGCAAAGAUUAGGAUGAAUGUAGAUCAAGCUUUCCAUGAACUUGUCCGGGUUAUCAGGAAAUUUCAAGAGCAGGAAUGUCCUCCUUCACCAGAACCGACACGGAAAGAAAAAGACAAGAAAGGCUGCCAUUGUGUCAUUUUCUAGAAUCCUUUCAGUUUUAGCUACCAACUGUCAGGAAAAGCCCUCAUCUCCUCUUCCUCUCCUCAGUUUACAUCUUAUUUGGUACCUUUCUAGCCUUAGACAAAUGAUCACCAUGUUAGCCUUAGACCAAGAAGCUGGCUAGUCAGUCCUUUCCGUGAAGCUAAUACAAUGGUCAUUUCCAGACAAAUUUAAAGAAAACACUAAGGCUGCUUCAAAGAUUAUCUGAUUCCUUUAAAAUAUGUGUCUAUAUACACAGACACUUUUUUUAAGUGCUUACAUUUUAAUAGAGAUGAAUCAGUUUUGGAAUCUAAGCUGUUUGCCAAGCUGAAACCACAGGUUGCGAAAUAAUUUUUAACUUUUGGAAUCAUACUGCCUACUGUUACUCUAAAUAGAAAUAUAGGGUUUUUUUUUUUAAUGUGAAUUUUUGCCUAUCUUUAAAAAUUUCAAUGUCAGCCUUUGUUAAUCAUAAAUACACUGAAUUGAAUCUACAAAAGUGAAACAUCUCAGACCUUUACUGAUACUACAGCUUUUCUUUUCUGGUGGCCAAAAUACCAAAAUGCCUAUUGUAUUUAUGGAUUAAAAACUGCUCAUAAAAGCCUGUGUUAUUACUCCUACUCUUGAAGAUGAUAAUAGUCUACGUGGUCAAAUAUUUGGACUCAUUCAGGACUUAAACAUUUCAGUGUACUUGAUUUUUUAAUUUAACUCUUUUUCACAGCCACGCUAAGGGUAAAAAUAGUUUCUGUCUUCCUUUUCAAGUAUUUCUGGAUAAGGGAUUUGAAAAACUAAAACUGUUUUUGUUUGAUGUAAUAUAAAAUAUGGAAUUGAUCUUUCCGGGGUCAGAGAUGAUUAAUGUUUUUGCUAUAUACUUUUUAUACAUUAUUUUCUUAUCAAACUAGUUAACAAGUAUUUUUAUAUGUUUGUAAGCAGAUAUGCUUUCACAGCAUACCUUGUGUAAAUGUAAAGAUAAGUAUUUAAUUCUCACUGUUCACUUUUAACUGACAAAAACAAGUGGAAACUAUAGAAACUGUGGUAGAACUUUUACUUGCUGGUCUGGUCUUGGUUGUACCCAUCUUUGGCCAGUCACAUAUCUACUCAAGAAACCUUCCCAAUAGAGUACAACAGGAUGAGACUCUGAAAUCACUUUUAAUAUUCCCUGCUAGAUAUUGAUUGUUAUAUCAAGUAUUAAGUGUAAGCUUUUAAUGGACAAUUAGUAUAACUGUGGAUGGCAUCUGAUUUUGUUUUUAAUUCUGUGGAUUGUGUUUAAGCAAUUCAAUAGUAUGUUCCUGAUUUUGAGAUGCUAAGUGGUAUUGCACAGUUGUCACUUUAUCAAGUGUGUACAACAGUCCCAUGAAGUUUAUAGAGCAUACCCUUGUAUAGCUUCAGGUGCUAGAAUUAAAAUUGAUCUGUUAUCACAA